CACAAGGGAUUCAUAGAUUUAAAUACACAUUAAGCUCUCUCUACCUACACAGUAAUAUAUAAAACACACAAGCAACUAAGCAAGGAAGUUAUAUAUCUUAGAUUGGGAGAAAAAUGGGAGACACGGUUGAGAUAAAAAUGGAAGAGUUGGUACGAGCAAGCUCAUCAGGAAGCCAGGUUUUACCGAGGUCAGGAAGUCUAAGGAGUGAUGUAGAUCCGUGGCUUCCGACGACGGAGAACGAGACGACGGAUCAUUGGCUUCCCAUCACGGAGUCACGGGAAGGAGGUGCAUUUUCAGCUGCAUUUCUUCUUAUAUGUUCCGGCAUGGGUCUUCAAUCCUUUGUGCUACCGGUUGCACUCGUUUCUCUCGGAUGGUACUGGGGUAUUAUAUCAUUGACUAUCGGUUACGUAUGGCAGCUCUACACCAUUUGGCUGCUAGUUAAUCUUCAUGAAUCAGUGCCUCCUGGAAUUCGUUACAGCAGAUUUAUGCAUUUGUCAGUCACAGCUUUUGGAAUGAAGUUGGGAAAAUUACUUUCAUUUUUCCCGGUAAUGUACUUAGCAGGAGGAACAUGUGCACUCUUGAUUAUCAACGGAGGAAGUUGCUUGAGAAGUUUGUACCUAGAAAUGUGCGGACCGGAACACUGCGAUACCAGACCAUUAUCCGGUGCAGAAUGGUACUUAGUCUUUAUAAUCAUAGCCGUAAUUUUGUCUCAGAUCUCUCCCAACUUGAACUCUGCCGCCAAGGUAGCUGCUAUUGGAGCUUUAGCAGCCAUCAUAUAUACUACAUUGUUAGUUGUCCUUUCCCUCGUCCAGGAUCGCCCCGAAGCCAGCUCCUUAUAUAGCGUCAAACACGCACCCGAGAGACAGAAGGAUAUCUAUGGAGCUAUCAAUGCUCUUGGACUCAUUGCAUUUGCUUUUAGAGGCCACAAUGUUGUGCUUGAUAUUCAGGGAACAAUAUCAACGUCGAAGAAUCGACCAUCAAAAGUACCCAUGAAGAAGGGAGUAGCCAUUUCAUAUCUAGUGAUUGCAGCUUGUUUCUAUCCCCUUGCAAUAGCUGGGUACUGGAGUUAUGGUAACAAGUUAAACAUGAGCGAUAACAUGCCUUUGUUAAGGUCGUUUAUGGAUUAUCACCGCGACAACAUGCCAAAAUCUGUGAGGGCUAUAAUCUACCUAUUAGUGGUGAUACAUUUCCUAAGCGCAUUCCAAAUCUAUGGUAUGGUAGUAUGGGACAACUUGGAGCGAAUCUAUGUCACCAAGAAUAACCGGAGAUGCCCCAAGUGGCUCCGAGGAGCCAUCCGAGUACUGUUUGGAGGAUUCGUGUAUUUCGUGGCAGUGGCUCUUCCAUUCUUAGGCGUCUUCUCAGCUUUGCUCGGAGGAAUAACAACAGUGCCUAUAACAUUUGUAUACCCUUGUGUGAUGUGGAUCAUCAUCAGGAAUCCUCGACGAACAAGUCCAAUGUGGUACCUCAACGUGGGAAUUGCAUUGUUGGGUAUAGUUUUCAUUGUCUUGGUAGAAAUAGCAGCUAUCAGAACUUUAGUUGUCUAUGGCCUCAAGGCUAGUUUCUUCCAUCCUAAAUAACAGAGCCACCUGCAUUAAGAAUUUUUAUCCACAGGGACGAAGUUACAGUUUAACUGGCUUUCAUUUUGCCUA